GGCAAUCAUCGAGAUACAUACAAAAUUUUUCCUUGGUGAUCAAAGAAAAUUUCAUUUAGUUGUAAACUUUUGAAAAAAAGAUUGAAUUUUUGAAAUUUUUAAGAAGUGAAACGAUUUAUUUUUGUAUUUUUUAUUACCUUCCCUAUUGGUCCAAAUUAAAGGAUAUCUAAAAAAUGUCAAAUCAAACGGAAAACGCUAACAACGCACACGCAACCGCUAAUUCAACCACAGAAAAGCAAAAAUCCAAUAACAGCAGUGGAAAGUGCAUGAGGCCUGGACCCGUAACCACUAAUGGAUAUUUGAACUUUCUGCGUGAAUACCGGCAGAAGCAUUGUGGGUUGACAGCCACGGAAACGGUACGCCGUGGAGCUGCAGAAUGGCGCAAGCUGUCAGAGGAGGAAAAAAAUAAAUAUACCAGAAUGGGAUGUUCCAUUUCAAGCAUUCACAGAAGUCGUAAAGAGCCUCGGGCUCGAGCAGCUUCUUCUGCACGAAGUAGUUCUGCCUCGCGAAAAAGACAAAGUAAAUCUCCAGUUAUUGGCAGCUCAGUGGCAAGACGUGCAAGACGACGUAAUCGUAAUGCUGCAAGCAUGCCCCCUAAAACAGCUAGACGCUCACGUUCACGACGCAGUAAAUCAUCCUCCGAAAAAAAAGAAGAUGAUUCCCCUACUGUUAUAUCACAUUCCAGACGUAGAAAUACCACUAGAUCUCGUUCGCAAUCAUCUUCAGUUCGUUCCCAUAAACAAAAAAACAAAUCGCCCAUAUCAGAAAGUUCAAGUGGUCGUUCGAAACGAGCAAGAAGCCGAAGUAGCAAGGCCUCGAGAUCGACCACACGGGCUGGUAGCCAUACACGUUCAGGUUCACGUCGGCGACGUAGUACUUCGGGAACACCAGCAAGACGCCGCAGUAGCAAGGCCUCGAGAUCUACCACACCUGCUGGUAGACGUUCCCGUUCUGGUUCACGUCGACGCCGUAGUACUUCAGGAAAAUCUGUCAAACGUUCUCGGGUGUCUCGCUCUAGAACAACCAUGGAAGAAAAUAUGAGUGAUAGCCAAGAUUCCAGAUCCACUAAACGUUCCCGCACGCGAUCAUCUUCUGCUCGUUCUCGUAAACGAACAGGCAAAUCUCCCAUGGUAAAAACUUUAAGCGCUUCUCGGAAACGUGCGAGACGCCGAAGUAGCAAGGCCUCGAUUUCAAGCAAACCUGCUGGUAGCCGCUCACGUUCAGGUACCCGUCGACGCCGCAGUACAUCGGGAACACCUGCUAAACGUUCUCGUGUAUCUCGGUCUAAGGCGGCACGCCAAACAACCGCUGAACAAAAGAAAUCUGAUAAUCAAGGCACCCAAACACGUGCAACCAAGUCUAGCGCCACUAAGGGUGCAGCUCGCCGUUCUCGUCGUGGCAUGAGAUCUGCACUGGCUUCGCUAAUGGCUUUUAGAUAUUUUGUGAAGAACAAGAUGUCUAACCAAAUCUCAAAUGCAAACAGUUGCGGCUGCGCAACUGCAGAGCAUCAAAGCUCCAGCAACAGCAAAAGCAGCGAAAAGUGUAUGAGGCCUGGUCCAUUAACCUCAAAUGGUUAUUUGAAUUUUCUGCGUGAGUACCGGCAGAAGCAUUGUGGACUGACAGCCAAGGAAACAGUUCGUCGUGGAGCUGCAGAAUGGGUUAAACUAUCCGAAGAAGAAAAAAACAAGUACACUAGAAUGGGUUGUUCCAUUGCUAGCAGUCGUAGAAGUCGUAAAGGAUCUCGAGCAUCAUCUGCACGAGGUAGAGGUGCUUCCCGAAGACGACCAAGUAAAUCUCCAGUAAUAGGAAGUACAGUGGCCCGACGGGCAAGACGACGUAGUCGUAAUGCCUCAAACUUACCCUCCAGCACUGCUAGUCGUUCGCGUUCACGCCGCAGCACAACUUCCGCCCAGCAUCAAAAAGAUAAUACAUCUGGUAUUUCCAGUUCCAAACGUAGAAGUUCCCGUUCAGCUGGUUCCCGUAAACGCACAAGCAAAUCUCCCAUAGGAGAAACUUCAAGUGGUCGUUCGAAACGUGCAAGACGUAGAAGUAGUAAAACCUCGAGAUCAGCCACACCUGCCCGUCGACGCCGUAGUACUUCGGGAAUGUCUGCUAAACGUAAUCGUACGUCUCGAUCUAGAGCAGAACGCCAUACAACCAGUGAAGAGAACAAAACAGAUAACCAAAAUUCUCAGAAACGCUCAAUCAAUUCCAACGCCUCUAAGGGUAAAGCUCACCAUUCUCGUCGUGGCAUGGUAUGUUUCCGCUAAUAUUUAGUUAUUCAAAGGAUAACUCUGGUUGAAUUUUUGUCUCGAAAUAAUGCGUUCUAUGUUUUAUAAAAAAAAAUUAA